GGCCCCUCAGAAUUUAUAUCUUCAUUUUCGUUCUUCGUCGUUUGUGCGAAAAAUACUCGCGGCUCGUUCGUGUCAGAAAAUUCGCCAACCAAAUUAGGCCCGAAUUUCAGCCCGAGCAUUUCCAUUCCAAUCUACUCGAAUCAUUUAAUGUGGCCCGUUUAGAUGUCGGGCCGAUCCAAUUUACGGAGUGCUCGCUCCAUCAUACACAGAUCUAUCAUAAACUAAAGCAAUUUCGUGAUUUGAUUAAAAUAUGCGUUGGUAGAUUCUGAGAAAAUAUUGAUCCGUCCUUUUUGUUUCAAUGGCGACGAGGAAUCGGACGAUUCUGUUUAGAAAGUAUAGGGAUGCGUUGAAGAGCGUCAGGGUUCCGGCGGGCUCGUCGAGCUCCGGCGGAAGAGCGGUGAUCGAGCUCUCGACAACGUCGUUGCUUAACCCUAACCAAUCUUACACUCCUCUUAGCACUGAAGAUCCUGGAACCUCCAGCAGGGGAACAGUUGCAGUAGGUUUACCUCCAGCUUGGGUGGAUGUAUCUGAAGAAAUAGCGACUAACAUACAACGUGUGAGAGGGAAGAUGGCUGAGUUAUCGAAGGCUCAUGCCAAGGCUUUAAUGCCUUCAUUUGGGGAUGGUAAAGAGGAUCAACGCCAGAUUGAGGCACUAACACAAGAGAUUACUGAUCUUUUGAAAAAAUCAGAGAAAAGAUUACAAAGACUCUCGGUUGGUGGGCCAUCUGAGGAUUCAAAUAUCAGGAAAAAUGUCCAGCGGUCAUUAGCUACCGACCUUCAGACCCUCUCAGUGGAGCUACGCAAGAAACAGUCAGUAUAUUUGAAACGGCUUCGGCAGCAGAAAGAGGGUUCUGAUGGGGUUGACUUAGAAAUGAAUCUAAAUGGCAGCAAGUCAACAAGGGAUGAUGAUGAUAUUGAUGACAUAGGAUUCAGUGAACAUCAAAUUGCCAGACUAAAGAAAAGUGAAGCAUUCACUGCAGAAAGGGAGAGAGAAAUUCAACAGGUGGUGCAAUCAGUCAAUGAACUUGCUCAAAUUAUGAAGGAUUUGUCAGUUUUAGUCAUUGAUCAGGGUACUAUUGUUGACAGGAUCGAUUACAACAUAACAAAUGUUGCAGCCACAGUUGAAGACGGUUUGAAACAACUUCAGAAGGCUGAGAGAAAUCAAAAACAAGGUGGCAUGGUUAUGUGUGCAACGAUUCUUAUCAUCAUGUGCUUUGUGAUGCUAGUACUCUUAGUUUUGAAGGAGAUCAUCUUCUAACCUAUGAUAAAGCUGGGAUAAUUAUGGUUACACUCUCAAGCCAAUGACUCGGAUUUCCAAGUUUUACCUUGUCCAGCGCCUACGUUAAAUGUCGAAAAGAGUUGCCGUUUAUUUCUCCUCCUGCUUUCUUUCUUCCCUGUAGAAUUUCCGGCAUCAUGUAUAGUCUCGAGGAUUUCACACUCAAUUCUUCCUUUUCUCUUUUUUCCUCUUUUUUGUCUAGGAAGAUAUUGUAGUUGUGUAGACGAAUGAGCCUUAUUUUAGCCCAAAUAUUACUCUGCUCUUGUAAGGAUUCACUCUUCAAUUGGAGAAUACAAAUAUUUCACAUGCUAAA